CCCCUACCUCGUCCACGGGCCCCAGAGGCGUCCUCCCGUGGAACGUUCCCCGCUGGGCAUCCUCUUCUCGGUCGUGGCGUUCUCCUCGACGCUGCAGUCAUCUCGAAGAGUCCCUUCGCGAAGGUAACGCGCGAGUGUCAGCUAUCUUGUGGAUCAACUGCUGUAGUGAACGGUUUAGUCGAAGAAGAAGACAGGAUGAAAUCGAUCGGGAGACUCGUUUGCCUUGUAUGGGUGGCUGCGCUCGGAGCCUGUGUCUUCGGGCUCCAACGGCCACCACCCAGGUACUCGCAACAGUACAUGCCGGAAACUUCCUUCACUUGUCGCAAUAAGAUCGUAGGAAGCUAUUACGCCGACCCAGAGACUGACUGCCAAGUCUUUCACGUCUGUGUGUCCGUGUCCGGCACUAUUCAGGAUUACAAGUUCUUGUGUCCCAACGACACAGCGUUCGACCAAGAAAGUCAAACCUGCGCGGACUGGUACGACGUCGACUGCGAGGCGGCUACUCUGUACUACGCCAGCGAUAAUUUUGACCUGUACAGAUUAGGAUCCGGCCUGGAGUCGCUUCACUACGAUAGCAUACGCAGCGAUGCCGAGCCCCAAGACCAUCUUCAACGGUCUGAAACGAGUGACCCUGUUCGUUCGUCGGCCAACACUCUCAACAGAGUGUCGUCGGGUAGCUUUAACGCCAACAGGGAUCUCCGAGGCAGCAGCAGUGGCAAUUUUUAUAAUAAUAGAAACGGCAAGGAUGAGGAUUAUGAGAGCGAGAAAACCUACAAGGACGAGAUUGCUCAAGAAAAAAAGAAGACCGGAGUGAGAAAGGUCAGCAGGAAGCAACAGUACAAUGACAAUGGCAAUAAUAAUUAUGUAGCAUCCAGCACUGCUGUGCCUGCUGCUGCUCCUGCUAAUCAGAAUACUUAUACCGGCUUCUAUAGUGGUAAUAAUUACAAUCAGCGAGCCAAUGGUUUCGUAUCGUCGACCAGUGCGAGACCUCUAGAGAAUUUCAACAGGAAUCAACAAAAUACGCAGAGAUAUAACACGCCGUCUUCGACGUACAGGCCCAGCACCAAUUAUCAGAAUAAUUACAACUUCCAGUCUCCUAGCACGACGACCAAAACGACCAUUUACAACGCUUACAACACCAAUCCCAAUUACAAUCAACAAAAUACCGGUGGCUUCAGUCAGAGUACCACGGUGAAACCGACUAGCUAUAAUAAGAAUUACAAUCAGAAUUAUAAUAACGGCGCGCAGUUUACGCAAUCCACAACCUUGCAACCUAGCACCAAUUACCAGCUAAACGAUUACACGAACUACCAGAGAAAUUACAACAAUAUUCAACGUACAAAUAAUAACGUACCUUAUCAGUCUACCACUGCUGCGCCUACCGUCUAUGAUAAUAAUUACAAUAACAACAAUAAUUACAAUAACAACAACAAUAAUGGACAGUACAGAAGUAGUACAACCAUCAAGCAAGAUGUCUCUCAACCAACCACUAAAUAUUUCCCUAGUUUUGCAAGCAGCAGUUACGCUCCUACUACAUAUAGCCCAGCCACGAAGAAGUAUAUUCCUAAUGACAAUGCCCAGGCUCAAACAGCUGUGAGGACCAGCGAAAGCGGACAGUACUACGAAAAAUCUAACCAACCUAUCAAAAGUUCGUCUCAAUAUUACGACAGUACCAAAGCACCAAAGAAAGCCACACAAUACAACAAUUACGAUGGAACAAAUGGGAAAUACUAUACCGAAACCAGCACCGGAAAUUACGAUCUAGCAAGGUCUUCGGUUGGAAUUGGAUUCAGCCCUGCUAGUAUCAAUCAUUUGGCUGAGACACCAAGGUCUACGACUCCAGUACCAAGGAGAAUUUCUACAGCCACCACCUACAAUCCCAACAAUUUCAACUCUAAUACCCAAAGAUCGCCACAAUCACCAACAACUCCUAGGGAAAGUACUUAUGUUAGUGGAUCCGCCAGACCGUUUUCAUCCACAACGAGGCUACCUAGUACCACUACAACGCGGCCAAAAUCUGGGAAAAAAAAUGACUAUGACUAUGCCUAUUAUGAUAACACUGCUGGACUAGAAUACGAUAGUCUGGAUCUGGAACACGUAACCGGGAACAAGGAAUCAACGAAGAUCGCAAGGAAUUGAUUUUUUUUGCUUUAAUCGAAUCCUUUGAGAACACACAUCUAUGCCACACGAUUGAAUAGGUUCAAUUUCCGCGAAGCUACGGAACUUGCUGAAUUUAUGAAUAAUAGUGGCCAGUGUAUUUGUCAAAAUCGGCUUUCGAUGAUAGUAGAAGAAGAAUAUAUUGAAAACCGGUUUUGUUGUAAAGAGUAGAUCGCCUUAAGUAUAAUAUAAAUAGUGAUUUCUUAAAGUCUAAUAAUAACGAGUAUGUAUUUCGAUAGACCUGUUCUCUUUCUUUGAUUUGUUUUUACAGUAUUGUAGGCUAAAGAAUUAUGCGAGUGGAAAGUCCUUUUGCGUUAGAAAUUAUUAUUUCUAAUUUAUCCAUUAUUCUGAAAUUAUUGUUGUUAUUGAGAAAAUAUUAUCUUAUUAAUAACGCAAUUUUCUUAUCGAAAUUUGGUGUCUUUUGUACAUAUAAUGAAAGAUGGUUUAAAUCUAACGAUAACGUCACUAUUCGCAUACUAAAAUCUGCGGACUGAGUGUAUAUAUUAUAUGUAUUUUAAUAAAAAAG